AUGGAUGUGAAUUUCGUUUUGAUUCUGUGUAUAGCUUUGAUUUUCGCAGCUGAUACUACUAUUAAGGUUGAUGGAGAAGCAGAAGUUGUUUCGAAUUCGAAUUUGACAGAUUCAAGAUUCGUUGGGUCUGGUAUUGUUAGUAGUACAAAUGCUACUGAUUCUAAAAACACGACCGAUGAUACAAAAUUGGGUGGUGAUGGAUCUAAGAUAAAGAGUAGUGAGGAAGAUAGUAGUAAGAGUGAAGUGAAUAAAGGAAGUGAUGAAAGUGAAGAUAGCAAUAAGGAUGAUGAGGAAGGUAUGAGUAAUUCUUCAAGGAAGAAGAAAGAAGGGUUUCAUGGUGAAGUUUGUGAUCCAUCUAAUAUGUGUACUGAUGAGGAUGAUCAGUUUGUCGCUUGUCUCCGAGUUCCCGGUAAUGAUGCGCCUCAUCUCUCACUCUUGAUUCAGAACAAAGGUAAAAGUGCUUUGCUUGUAACUAUAACUGCUCCGGGUUUUGUCCGAUUGGAAAAGAACAAAGUUCAGCUCCUGGAAAACGAAGACACAAAGGUAAAAGUCUCUGUUAACAAGGGAAGGUCCAACGAUAGCGCAAUCAUGCUAACUUCCAGUAAAGGCAGUUGCAGACUUGAAUUAAAGGAUUUGGCAGCAGCACAUGAAACCGGAAACGACGACACAGUCACUGUUUCACAUCCUUCAACUUUCAAUAUCCGUCCACGAACAAUCAUCGUCAUCACCAUGAUCUCCUUCCUCGUGCUCUCCCUUGUCAUUAUCCCGGUGAUCAUCCACGUAUACAGGAACAAGACACAAGGGAAAAACAAAUAUCAGAGGCUCGACAUGGAACUGCCAGUCUCUAACAACGCAUUGGUGUCAAAAUCAGAUCAUGAAUCGGGUGACGACGGAUGGAACAAUAAUUGGGGAGAUGAUUGGGACGAUGAAAAUGGCGAUGGAGACGAAGAACAGCCGCAUACUCCGGUGUUACCACUCACACCGAGCGUUUCUGCUAGAGGACUUGCUUCUAGACGACUCAGUAAAGAAGGUUGGAAAGAUUAG